CAUGAAAUGGUCGUUCGACCCCAAAUGGGGUCCCGACCCACAGGUUGAGAACCGCUGCCCUAUGGUAAGCUGGGCAGCCAAUAGAUUUUAUAAAUGAAAUAAAUUCUAUAAAUAAAUAAAUUAGCAUUCCCAGGAACAGAAAUGUGUGGUUCUUGAAAGCCAGGAGGAACCGAGACAUUAACCAGGUGGAGUGUUUAUCAGCAUUUGACAAAAUACACAACAAUGACCUCCAAGGCAACCAGGUCUAAAAGCAUAACCAAGUUGGAAAAGUCAACUGUGAGAAUGUCACAAGUUCAUUUGAAUUCACAUGCUUGCUAGAAAUAAAAGGAAAACUGUGUGCUUUGAGGUCAGGACUUUCCCUUGUAUAUAAGUUACUUCUCACACACCCCCUUGAAAACAAUCAGAUUGCUGAUGAUAAGAAAAAACUGCCUUCUCCUGGGAUGUCAGUGGAUCUGUUAAAGCCGCUUUUAUGCUCCUGAGCCCUUUGUGAGGACACGGAACGCUAUCGGAAACAUUUCUGACUUCCUGGAUUGAGGUCACAGGAAAGAAAAGGUAGAUUGAAGGUGAGAAGCGAAGCAGAUCCUGGCCCUGGAAGCUCAGCCGUCCCACGGAAGAAUUGGUGCCACAAAGUUCAUUCUCUCAUCUGAGAACAGGUGGCCAUGUCUGCUGAUCCCUGGCCAGGCUGGAGGCCCUGGAGGAGCCAGCCACAGGAGGAAGAAGAAGACCCGGGACCGAGGACAGGCCCAGGCGCCCGGUUGGGUGAGCCGGGGAAAUACGCCUACGCGGCUCUCUGCGCCAUUUCAUUGGCCUCGUUGUUUCCGGAUCUGGAGGAGAGUGCCUACAGGACAGGAGUGGUGGAGAACCUGGUCCGGUGGCUGGAGCUGUCAGAUGCGGUGAUGCCCUCCAUGCUGGCCUUUGCCGGAGGGCUGGGGGCUGAAGGGACAGAGACCUUCGCUCGGAUUCUUCUGGGCGAGACGCUUCUGAAGGAUCAGCCCGGCGCCAUCAUGCUGGACCUGGUUUCCUUUUCUCUCAAGGAUGGCUACUAUGACGCUCGCAUGCGGGUGCUUCUCUCCCACGUGGCCUGUUUGCUGAGGAUCCCGUUGGCAGAACUGGAAGACGCAGAGGACUAUCUCCUUGAAUGUCUGAAGGAGGAGAAAGAGGCGGAAUCGGAAACGGACGAAGGCAAGCGGAAGAAGAAGGAGAGGAGGAAGAAGCUGAAGCGCUACCUGCUGAUCGGCUUGGCGACGGUCGGAGGAGGGACGGUCAUCGGCCUAACCGGGGGUCUGGCUGCCCCCUUGGUGGGUAUGGGAGCAGCCGCCAUCAUCGGAACUGCUGGAGCCACAGCCUUGGGGUCAGCAGCUGGGAUGGCCAUUAUCGGUUCGCUCUUUGGAGCUGCUGGAGCCGGACUCGUGGGGUACAAGAUGAAAAAGCGCGUAGGGGCCAUAGAAGAAUUUGAAUUCCUUCCCUUAACCGAAGUGAAGCAGCUCCAUAUCACCAUUGCCAUCACCGGCUGGCUUUCUCCUGGGAAAUACGGCAGUUUCACAGCCCCCUGGAGCAGCCUCUUACAGUCCAAGGAGCAGUACUGCUUAGCCUGGGAGUCCAAGUACCUGCUGGAGUUGGGCAGCGCCCUGGACGCCUUGUGGAAUGGACUGGUUAACAUGGUCGCCCAGGAGGCCCUCAAGUACACGGUCUUGGCGGGCAUCGUGACGGCCCUCACCUGGCCUGCUUCACUGCUGGCAGUGGCUGGUGUGAUAGACAACCCCUGGGGUGUGUGUCUCCAUCGCUCCGCUGAGGUCGGAAAACACUUGGCACAGAUACUUCUUAGCCGGCGGCAGGGCAAACGGCCGGUGACGCUGGUUGGGUUCAGUCUCGGCGCUAGAGUGAUCUACUUUUGCCUGCAGGAGAUGGCCAAGGAGAAAGACUGCGAAGGGAUCAUUGAAGACGUGGUGCUGCUGGGGGCCCCGGUAGAAGGCGAUCCCAAAUCCUGGAAACUGAUCACCAAAGUCAUUUCAGGCAAGAUCAUCAACGGCUUCUGCAGGGGAGACUGGCUGUUGAAAUUUGUCUACCGCACGUCAUCCAUUCAGCUGAGCGUGGCAGGGCUGCAGCCCAUCUGCCUGGAUGACCGCCGGAUGGUCAACGUGGAUCUGUCUUCCGUAGUGAACGGUCACCUGGACUACAUGAAGCAGAUGGACACCAUCCUGAAGGCCGUGGGGCUCAAAACACGGCCGGCCCUGCAAGAGCGAGGGGGGCUCCUGGCAGCGCCUUCCGCCCCCAGCGAGGAGGAGGAGAAAGAGGGGAUGUCUCCGGACGGCACCACCCCGGAGGAGCCCAGUGUGCUGGGCAGGCCCGAUGUGGGUGGACCUGCGGAGGGGGAAGACCUCCAGGGAAAUGAAGACUCCUGGUGUUGGGAGCCGGUCUCCGCUCCUGGACAGGCAUGUGAGGUUUCCCCAGCAAAGGAUCAGUCUCCUGAAACUCUGCCCUCUUCCUCUCCCUCUUGAUAUUCCCAGAAUGCUCUCUGUGGACCUUGGGGUGACGGGGAACGUGGGGAGACACCUUUUGCGCGGGUCUGUGUCUUUUUGCCCUGCUGGUCAGUCUCAGACAGACAGGCGGGGGCCCCUGGAAACCUCAAAAGCUGAUGUGAGAGUCGGCAUUCUUUUCUCUUGGAUGUCUGCUAUCCUGCCCCUGGAUACGGAGGCUCUGCUCUUUGCCGCCCCGUCUCCGGCUGCGCCAAAAGCUGUAAAGUCAGCUCUGCAGGUCCCUGACCACAGCUCCCAUUCUCCCCUGGCAGCAGUGGCUAGACAAGGGUGACUUUGUAGUCCAGUUGGGUCUGGGGGGGGGGGAAUGAAGCUCAGAAGGGCUGGCCCCACAGCACAGAGUAUGUUUUUUUUUCCUUUUCUUUUAGAAAAGUUUAGCAAGAUCAUGUUAAGCACUUUUUUGAGGAAAGGGUUAUCUCUCUGCAUUUAGGAGUCCUUGGACCCCCCGCCGGCCCUCCCAAGGCUUGGUCGAGCAGAGCAAAGGAAAGGUAGCCUGCUUCUGAAGAGGGAGGCUCAGUCUGUUGCAUUCACAAAGACACACCCGGCAGGAAAGGGUCUCUUUCAGGGUUCACCAACUGCACCCCUUAAGAAUUUAGAUCCAGUUUGGAAAUUGGUAACAGCCAGCCUUUCACUCCUCGGCUGUUAAAUAUUGAUCGUUUUCCAUUGAUAAGGCUGCGUCCCUUGUGUUUCCAGCUCUCUCUGAGCUUGACCGAAAGGGGAGUGCAGAUCAAAAAUCAGAGCAACUAGACCGGGGGUCUUCAAACGUGGCCCUUUUAUGACUUGUGGACUUCGACUCCCAGAAUUCCUCAGCCAGGCA